CCCACCUCUUAUUCUAGCAAGUUUCUACUUCAUCACACAGAAACUGGAUAACCUCGGAUAAUUUUACUCAUCAAAAUUUCUUGAGUACAUCACCCCUCUGCCCACAAUGGCUUCCUCCUCCUCCUCCUCCUCGUCGGUUGGAGAUAAACAGCUGCAGAGGAUAAUCAGAGAUCUGCGUGAUGCUGUUGUUGAGUUGAGUAAAGAACACAAGGGAUCUGGUGAACCCAUAACUGAUGACAGCGCCAGUCUGCACAAGUUUUUCUAUAAGCUAGAAUACCUUCUGCAGUUUGACCAGAAAGAGAAGACAACCUUUCUUGGCCAGAGAAAAGACUACUGGGAUUACUUCUGCGACUGCCUGAUUAAGAUCAAGGGAGCUAACGAUGGCAUCCGUUUUGUAAAGUCCAUCCCUGAGUUGAAGACAUCACUAGGGAAAGGAAGGGCCUUCAUCCGCUACUCCCUCGUUCACCAGCGUCUUGCUGACACUCUGCAGCAGUGUCUCAUAAAUCAGAAGGUCACAAGUGACUGGUAUUAUGCCCGGAGUCCUUUCCUCAAGUCUCAUCUCACUGCUGAUAUAAUCAACCACCUUUAUGAGCUCAACCAGAUCCAGUUUGAUGUGGCAGCCAGAGGUUAUGACCUUGAUGCAGAUUGGCCAACAUUUGCAAGGCGAACAUUAGGAACUGGCUCGGCGGCUUUUCUAUGGAAACCUCCAAGUCGUUGUUCCAGCAUCAACAGUCUGGUUAGCAGCUUUUCACACCCACAGACACAGGAGUUUGUCCCAGUCCCAGAAUUAAGUCAAAGUCUGUUUGGUGAACUGGGAGAGCCAUCUCCCUGCAGCAUUGCAGAAGACCUCCGUAUCGAGCUUGACCAGUCUGAGCUCAAACAGCAGGAGCUUUUGGUUCGGGUUCAAGAGUUGAGCAAAGAGUCGGCUGAACUGAAAAGUGUCGUUAAAGACCUCCAAGGCCAGUUGUCAUCUCAAACAUCUUGCACUUCAGCAUCUGCAGCAAUCCAAAGUGAACAAGAAACAAGUAAUGAGGACAAAGUAAAUCUCCAUCAAAGUAGCAGGAAAUCGUCUGUCACUGACUUAAAAGAGAGACUUGCAGCUACUGAAAACAAAAAUAUGGAGCUCCUUUCUAAGUUAGACGAGGCUCUUAAAGAAAAGGGACAACAAGCUGCCAGCUACUGUGACUCAGCCUGGAAAAUCCAGGAACUUCUGGAAAAACUCAAGGCUGCAGAAGAGGAGAGGUUGGAUGCAAAGAGAGAAGCCGAGGACGAAAUCAGGCACUCUGAGCUUCUGUCACAGGAACUAAAACUCAGAGAAGAGGAGUUGAGGAACAGUGAGGCGAAGCUAGCUGAAGUGAAAGCAGGAGCCCAUGAGGAACGGGAGGCGGCACUCACGCGGUUAGAGGAACUCCAAAGUGCGGUCGGUCGAAUUCAGGGAGCACUUACUGUAAAAGAGAAGGAGACAGGAAACUUGAGAGCCCAGCUUCAGGAUCUGCAAGCCUCUCUGGAGUCCAGAGAACGGCAGGCAGAGGAUUUGAGGAAAAGACUGCAGGAGGAGAGGGAGGAGGUAGAGCAGAGAUAUGGUAUGACUACCAGCCAGAGUGAAGAAUUUGACAGUCAGAUGCUGGAUUUAAGAAAAACUCUAAAAAACAGAGAGAAGGAGCUAGCUGCUAGUUCAGAAAGGAUCAAACAUUUAGAGGAGCAGCUAGAGAAGCUUAAUGUUGAAAGAGAAAUGAUUUGCUCUCAACUUGAUGAUAAGGAUAUCAGUGUCUGUGAUGAAACUGUCAACACUGGGGACUACAAAACCCAGUGCAGCAGUCUCAUGGAAAUUAACACAAAGCUUCUCCAAAGGAUUAGUAAGAGCGAGGCGAGCAUGUCAGAGCUGACUGAGAGCAGGGCUGCCCUGUUAGACCAGCUGGCCACUUUGAAGGCCUCUGAGAAACACUUUAAGGGUAGAGUUGAAGCUGCAAACAUGAGUGUGGAAGACAGAGAGAAGAGCCUUUUAGAUGAAAACCUGCACCUUCAGGAGACUUUUCAAAAGAUACUUAUCCAGAAGGAAGAAUCAGAUAGUCAUAUGAAGAAGUUAGAACUUGAGAAUACAAAGCUUUUAGAUGCCCAAUCAUCAUUGAAUAAGCACUUAGCCAUAAACCAACAGAAACUGGACUCCCUCACUACCAAAGCUGAAAAGUUGGAGAAGAGCCUCACAGUUUCCCAAAGAGGCCACGUGGAGUUACUUGAAAAACUUCACGAGACUGAAGCUAAGCUGAGAGAGCAGACUGUGAAAUGUCAUCUCCUUCAGGCAAGAAGAGAUGAGGUGGAGAGCAGGACUGGAGAGGUGCAUGAUGAAAAGGGAGCUGCAGAGAGCAAUGAAAAAAUGCAGAAGCUUCACACUGAACAUCAGAACUCCUCAUUAGAGAUGAAAGAGGCCCCGAUCAGGCUGGUUAUAGCUGAAGCUCAACUGGAACUCAACCUUAGAGAGGUAACCAGACUCAGAGAAGAGGUGGUGGAGCUUAGGGCUCAACUCCUGGCAGGAAAUGAGGAGAGGAUGAAGAUUGAGGCACUUCAGGAGGUGACAGAGGCCUCCAAAGAGGAUCUCCGUGUUUUAGCAGAUCAACUGAAGGUCCAGGCUGAGGAGCUAAACCGUCGGCAUGUGGACGAAAUUCUUCGAUCUCGGGAGCGAGAGGAGGCUCUUAUCCGUGACCGUGAUGGUGAAGCGCAAGCGCGAGCAGGUCUGGCUGCAGAGGUGACGGCCUCCAGAGAGGAGCUUGAUCAAUUAAAAUUGCGCUAUGACGCCUUGUGUUUGGAGAACAGUGAAUCUCGAGAGGCCCUUCACAGAGCCAACACGGAGACAGCAGAGCUAGGUGUGCAUGUGUGCAUGCUGACCGCUGAGAAUGAGGAGGCCCGUCUGCGUUGGGAUGGGCUGUCUGCGAGACUGCACGAGCUGGAGGAGGCGGCAGCUCAGGAGGCAGAGAGGCUGAACACCUGCAAGGAGCAGCUUUGUCAGGAGAACCAAGAGCUCCACAGUCAGCUCCGUGAUGCUGAGGAUGUGUUGGCAUCCAGACAGAAACUGCAGACAGAGAUGAACCAGACGCAACAAGAGGCCAAGGCCUCACAGGAGACGAGCCAGGAGGAGAUUCAGGUUCUCCGGUUUCAGCUCAGCAGCCAAGCCAUGUGCCAUGAAAACCAACUUCAGAGUCUUAAUCGGGAGUUACAAGAAGUGAAGGUGCAGCUGGCGACUGAGCAGGAGAAGGUAGUCAACCACGAGAACAAACUGAAGCACAUGGAGGGUACGAAUCAGAGAUAUUGCCAACAGAUUGAGGAGAAAAACAUCCAGAUGGCCGAUUCGGCAAAUCUCAUCCUGCAGAAAGAGGACGAGAUAAUUCAUCUGAAACAGAAUUUAUCAAGGUCUGAGGACAGCCUAGCAGCAGCUCAGCAAGCCUGUCAGGAGAUGGCUGAAAAUCUACGGAGGGUCACACAGGACAAACAGAGCUUCGAUCUCAAGACGGCUGCUGAACUCGAUGAUCUCUAUCGUACCAAAAUCAAUUUAGAGGAAAGACUGGUUGAGCUCAUCCGGGAAAAAGAUGCACUUUGGCAAAAGUCUGAUGCUCUGGAGUUUGAGCAGAAACUGCGUGAUGAGGAGACAGAGAGGGACGUCAACUACUGUCUAGGCUGUCAUACUCAGUUCAGCUGGUGGCUCCGUAAAUACAACUGCAGAUUGUGUGGGCGUCCCUUCUGCUACUACUGCUGCAGCAACACAGUGAGCACCCUGCAGGGCGGCAACAGAGAGCGCUGCUGUGGGGACUGCUACACCCAGCACAGUGCAGUCAUUGAGCGACACCCACAGGAGGAAAUGGUUCACAGCACGCCUGGGACACCGUUCAGCCGCUUGCUGCAGGCUGGUCGAGCCGUGGCCGGUGUUGCAGGAGGAGAUGAAGGAGGAAAGCUGGAUGAUGGUGUUUUUGACAUUAUCACAGAGGAGGAGGUGAGCGGGGUUUACGACAGUGACUCCCUCUCUUUUUCCACCGCCUGCUCUCCUGAACAUAGACAGCAGGGGGCGGCACAGCUAAACAGCAGUGCCAGUACAGGAGACAUCACAUCAGAGGAUGUUGACGGCCUCGGUGCAGCAGUACAGGAUGCAGAGAUCUGCCUUUUGAAGUCUGGAGAGCUCACGCUCUCUGUCCACUUCUCGGUGGAUGACAUCUCUGGGUUUGGGGACAGCUCCCAAGAGCUCUUCAUCAAGUCCAGCUGUUACAGCAUCAUCCCUAUAACCAUGAACUCUCCUGGUCCCACUGUCUCCUGGACGUUCACCUCCGAACCAAAGAGCAUCUCCUUCAGUGUGGUCUACAGGGAGAGUGCAGAGACUCCUCUGGAGCAGGCCAAGGUUUUGAUUCCCCUGACUCGCUGUAACUCCCACAAAGAAACAAUACAGGGAGAACUGAAAGUCAGAAACGCAGGAGAAUACACCCUCAUCUUUGACAACUCUUUCUCCAGGUUCAUUUCAAAGAAAGUGCUGUAUCAUCUGAGUCUAGACAAGCCUGUGGUCUACGAUGGAUCUGACCUUCUCUGAACGGGACAAAAGGAGCAGGUGGAACUCGGACUUCUGGGUCAAGAUGUUUACGUUCAUAAGCAUCAUUUGGAAGCAAAAUGGUGUGACUGUUCUGCUGCAAAGCAGCCUCAGUGAAAGGUUGUGGCAUUUUGAAAAUGUCUCCCUCAGCUUUGCUCAUGAGGUGUCAAACGUCAAAUGAAUUCUAAUCAAAGAGAACAAAGGUUACAAACAAUAACAGAAACAACAAUACUCUGUUGAAAGUUAGUGCGCACUACUUUUUGGAAAAGCUGGGUUAUAAGUAGGAUUAAGGAUUUAAGCAUUGCUCCAAAAUAAGCUGCUUAGUUAUGUAUAUUUAAAUAUGAAGAACUUAGUUUGCACACAGUUUGUGCACAACUGUGAGCGCAUAUCCAGAUAUUUGCAGAUAUCCAACAAAAGUUAUAUAAUAUAGAGAAACAGACAAAACCACAAUCAGUGAACCACUGGAGGUUAAUGUGACCCCAGUAACCUGGGGUUGAAUCCCAUCACUUGACUUUAAGUUCAGUUUGUAAGUAGAAAAUUUUCACUAAAGCAUUUUAGUUCUUUGUACUUGCUUAAACCCACCAUUAACACACCAUUUAAUGUAAACGUGUCUUUAUGUGGGCAAAAUUGUACUGUGGGUCUUUAUUGAUGUCCAAAAACUCCUGUGUGGAAGUUCCUUCUCAUUUCACACAUCUUAGUAAUCUUUGCCUUCAGCCAUCAUGCAUAAGAAGAGGUGGAUUUGUUUUAAUGCAGUCAUGAUGAAUCAUACGUGGAAGAAUCAGAGCUUCUGUUAAAGCUGCAGUACCAUCAUUUGCUUUCAUGGACAAAAUCCUCAGUAAACAGGAUUGAAUUGAGCCUUUCUGAUGGUUGUAGCUGAGAAUCGAGUCAAAUAUGUGUCUAGUUGGUUUCUACAAAUGCAAGAAGGUGGAUAAGAGGGGGUGGAUAUCAACAUGCAAUUUUCAGUGCUUUAAAUAUUUACUAUUUCUAGGAGCUCCACUUUAGUCAUCCCUAUUGAUAGUUUUGCUAUAAAUGCAGCAAAGAAAUGAUUGUUUCUCAAGAAAUCCUUGCAGCUGUUAGAGAAAUAGUGUUUGCUUUGGAAAAAACACAAUUUUUUACAUUUAUUUGUAGAGUGGUCUUAACAGGAGCAGAUGUCUUAGUUUUUUCUGAUGCUGUUGCUGUGUGAUAAAUCAUCACAGUUCUGUGGUGUGACCUGAUUGUCACCUGAAACCUGCAGUGUGUCAAAUAAAAAAAAAAGGAGAAAUUUCAGCCUUCAAAAAUUAUGCAAGAUAAAAAUAUAUAUAUAGCUUUUUUGCUUCAUUGUUGCUGACUGGAAAAAGGCUGAAUUAUUGCUGUUGAACAGAGAAUUGACUAAAUAUCUCCUAUUAUUCCUAUUAUAUACUUUUUAUAUUGAGAACAAAAACUGACAGAGAAAAGCAUUAAAUGCAAAUUAGAUGUUUUACACUAAUCCUAUGAGACAAGUGAUGCAUUGCCAAAUAUUCUGAAGAGAUAUGCUUGUUUGUUUUACUUGUUUCUAUUUAAAGACACUGCACAAUUACUUGUGUACAAUGCACUUUUGAGAGGGAAUCUUGUUGCUUUGUAUCCCAUGAGCCUUUGUUCAAGUUCAUAGGUAGGGAGUGUGUGAUUGCAGAUACGUACGGCUGCAUUUGUCAGAGGGACAUCUUAAUUUCUCUGACUUGUAAAUGAAAAUGUUUUAUGAAGAUAUCAUUUACAUACUAAAUAUUUAUAACACGAGGGAUUUGAGAUCAUUAUUUAAUAAACUGUGUGAUAAAUC